GGCGGCGGACGGGCGGGCGCUUUGCGGUUUGAAUGGCUCCCGGCCCGGUCCCUCGGCUUUCCUGAGGACCAGCUGCCCAGGACUGUGCGCCAUGCCUUCGGGAAACGACCGGUCGCCGCCGCCUCCGCCUGCUCCUCCGGCGGCGCCAGCCUCGGAGGAGGAGGAGGACGAGGACGGCGAGGCGGAGGAAAGCUCGCAGUCGGCCGGCUCGCCCACCCCGCACAUCCAGCAGCGCUUCGACGAGCUGUGUAGCCGCCUCAACAUGGACGAGGCGGCGCGGGCCGAGGCCUGGGACAGCUACCGGAGCAUGAGCGAGAGCUACACCCUGGAGGGAAAUGAUCUUCACUGGUUAGCAUGUGCCUUAUAUGUGGCUUGCAGAAAGUCAGUCCCAACCGUAAGCAAAGGAACAGUUGAAGGAAAUUAUGUAUCUUUAACUAGAAUCCUGCGAUGUUCAGAGCAAAGCCUAAUUGAAUUUUUUAACAAGAUGAAGAAGUGGGAGGACAUGGCGAACCUACCCCCACACUUCAGAGAGCGCACUGAGAGAUUAGAAAGAAACUUCACUGUUUCGGCUGUUAUUUUUAAGAAAUAUGAACCCAUUUUUCAGGAUAUUUUUAAAUAUCCUCAGGAGGAACAGCCUCGUCAACAAAGAGGAAGAAAACAACGGAGGCAGCCCUGUACCGUGUCUGAAAUUUUCCAUUUUUGUUGGGUGCUUUUUAUAUUUGCAAAAGGUAAUUUCCCCAGGAUUAGUGAUGAUCUGGUGAAUUCUUACCAUCUUCUGCUGUGUGCUUUGGACUUAGUUUAUGGGAAUGCUCUUCAAUGUUCCCAUCGUAAAGAACUUGUGAACCCAAAUUUUAGAUGCCUAUCCGAAGAUUUUCAUACUAAGGAUUCUAAGCCUUCCUCUGACCCCCCUUGUGUCAUUGAGAAACUCUGUUCCUUACACGAUGGCCUGGUUUUGGAAGCAAAGGGAAUAAAGGAACAUUUCUGGAAGCCUUAUAUUAGGAAACUUUAUGAAAAAAAGUUACUUAAGGGAAAAGAAGAAAAUCUUACCGGUUUUCUAGAGCCUGGGAAUUUUGGAGAGAGCUUUAAAGCCAUCAGUAAGGCCUAUGAGGAGCAGGUGUUAUCCGCUGGGAAUCUGGAUGAACGAGUGUUUCUGGGAGAAGAUGCUGACGAGGAGAUCGGCACUCUCUGCAGGUGUCUGAACACGGCUUCGGGCACAGAGACUGCAGAGAGGGUGCAGAUGAAGAGCAUCCUGCAGCAACAUUUUGACAAGUCUAGAGCACUUAGGAUCUCCACUCCACUUACUGGUGUGAGAUACAUGAAGGAGAACAGCCCUUGCGUGACCCCCGUUUCCACAGCCACACACAGCUUGAGCCGUCUUCACACGAUGCUUACAGGCCUCAGGAAUGCACCAAGUGAGAAAUUAGAACAGAUUCUGAGGACAUGUGCCAGAGAUCCAACCCAGGCUAUUGCUAACAGGUUGAAAGAAAUGUAUGAAAUAUAUUCUCAACAUUCUCAGCCAGAUGAGGACUUCAAUAAUUGUGCUAAAGAAAUGGCCAGCAAACAUUUUCGUUUUGCAGAGAUGCUUUACUAUAAAGUGUUAGAAUCUGUUAUUGAGCAAGAACAAAAAAGACUGGGAGACAUGGAUUUAUCUGGUAUUCUGGAGCAAGAUGCAUUCCACAGAUCACUCUUGGCCUGUUGCCUUGAGGUUGUCAUUUUUUCUUACAAGCCUCCUGGAAAUUUCCCAUUUGUUACUGAAAUAUUUGAUGUGCCACUUUAUCACUUUUAUAAGGUGAUAGAAGUAUUCAUUAGAGCAGAAGAUGGCCUUUGCAGAGAAGUAGUAAAACACCUUAAUCAGAUUGAGGAACAAAUCUUAGAUCACUUGGCAUGGAAAUCCGACUCCCCACUCUGGGAGAGAAUCAGAGACAGUGAAACCCGAAUCCCUGCCUGUGAAGAGGUCAUGCCGCCACAGAACCUGGAAAGGGCAGAUGAUGUCUGUGUGAGCGGCUCCCCUCUGACUCCCAGAAGAGUGAGCGAACUUCGUGCUGAUUCUGGAGGACACGGAAGGAGCAUAGCCUCUCCAGCCACGUUAUACGAUCGGUACAGCUCCCCAACGCCCAGCACUGCCAGAAGGCGGCUGUUUGACAACGACAGCCCCGCGGAUGGGGGGACACCCGGGCGCAUUCCUCCACAGCCCCUGGUCAAUGCUGUCCCUGGGGAAGCUGUUUCUGUCACGCCAGUUCCAGGACAGACCUUGGUCACCAUGGCAACGGCCACCGUCACUGCCAACAAUGGACAAACAGUGACCAUUCCUGUGCAAGGUAUUGCCAAUGAAAAUGGAGGGAUAACAUUCUUCCCAGUGCAAGUCAAUGUUGGGGGACAGGCGCCAGCUGUGGCCGGCUCCCUGCAGCCCCUCAGUGCUCAGGCGCUGGCCGGAAGUCUGACCUCUCACCAGGUGUCAGGGACAACUUUGCAAAUCCCUGGCCAGGUGGCCAUUCAGCAAAUUUCCCCCGGUGGACAGCCCCCGAGGCAAGGCCAGCCUACAGUCAGCAGCGUUGUUAGACCCAGGAAAACCAGUUCUUUAUCACUUUUCUUUCGAAAGGUUUAUCACUUAGCAGGUGUCCGCCUUAGAGAUCUUUGCGCUAAACUAGAUAUUUCCGAUGAACUGAGGAAGAAAAUCUGGACCUGCUUUGAAUUCUCCUUAAUUCAGUGCCCUGAACUCAUGAUGGACAGGCACCUGGACCAGCUGUUAAUGUGUGCUAUUUAUGUGAUGGCCAAGGUCACCAAAGACGACAGGUCCUUCCAGAACAUCAUGCGCUGCUACAGGACUCAGCCACAGGCUCGCAGCCAGGUGUACAGAAGUGUUUUAAUAAAAGGGAAAAGAAAAAGAAGAAAUUCGGGCAGCAGCGAUAGCAGAAGCCAUCAGAAUUCUCCAACAGAACUCGGCAGAGACAGAACCAGCAGAGACUCCAGUCCAGUCAUGCGCUCGAGCAGCACACUGCCAGUCCCACAGCCCAGCAGCGCUCCUCCGACACCCACCCGCCUCACGGGUGCCAACAGUGACAUGGAGGAGGAGGAGAGGGGAGACCUCAUUCAGUUCUACAACAACGUCUACAUAAAGCAGAUUAAAAGCUUCGCCAUGAAGUACUCACAGGGGAACGCGAUGGACGCUCCUCCGCUGUCCCCGUACCCGUCUGUGAGAACAGGCUCUCCUCGCCGGGUACAGCUGUCUCAGAGUCAUCCCGUCUACAUCUCCCCACAUAAAAACGAAGCAGUGCUUUCUCCCCGGGAAAAGAUUUUCUACUACUUCAGCCACAGUCCUUCAAAGAGACUGAGAGAAAUUAACAGCAUGAUACGAACAGGAGAAACUCCAACUAAAAAGAGGGGCAUUAUUUUGGAAGAUGGAAGUGAGUCACCUGCAAAAAGAAUCUGCCCAGAAAAUCACUCUGCCUUACUACGCCGUCUCCAGGACGUGGCUAAUGACCGAGGUUCCCACUGAGGUUAGUCUCCGCUUAGCAGCGUCAUUAAUGAGUGCUGCUUGAGGGAUCCCUUUUCAGCCAAUCAGCUGCAGCCUGUUGAGACAUGGGGGGGACAGUGAGAAGCUGACCGACUCCAUCCAACAUCCUGAGGAUGUUCCUACUAGUUUGAACCAGAGCUCACUGCUGAUACUGCUUAGAGUCCAAAGCUGGAUUGUCAGCCCUUUGGCACAGCCUUUACAAACACUGCCAGGAACAGAGUGUGCUCAGCCGUGGGCAUCGGAGGUCUGUCGGCAUGCCGCAGCAGAGGAACAGUCCUAGAGCCCUGGGCAGGAGUGAGAAUUCCGCAUUGCUGAAAUAGAAAACAGGAGACUCCCCACAUUCAGAGGGGCCAGGCUUCUCGACCCCUAUGUGCACUUCCUCCCCGUCCCCCGAGGUGUGGGGUAGUGUGAAAGGCACUUGUUCAGUUGUGCAAUGUGUGAACCUGUACAAGCGGCAGCACUUUAGGGCUGUGAAAUGCAUGCUUUUUGUAACCUGGUUUUGCUGUAUGUUUGCGAUGGCACUUUUUACAAUGUAAACUUUAAGUACAAAGCUUUUAGACUAAAACAUUCAAUACUUUCUUUAAAUGCUUUUGUACUUUUUUUAAACUGUCAAAGCCCCACUAGCUGCCUUUUGGGCAUUUUAAAUUCUCCAGUAUUCCACCAUGUUAGGGAUGAGAUGGCUAAGCAAAGAUUUUUAAAUCAAGUUAGACUGAUGAGAUUAAUAUGGGAAAUUUUAAGUUCUUCCUUUGGGAAGUAGCUGUCCAAAAGACGUCUGUUAAGGGGAUAUAUUUUAAAGUCUGUUUGGGCAUAUUCCUAGCAGUAUAAAGAAGUUGGAGAAUUUCAGUUUAUUAGUACACAGUGCCAUUUAUACAAAUCAGAAAAUGUUAUUUAACAUCUACUGAGUUAUCUGUAUAUAUCUUUAUUAAUCACUAUUGUUCCAGCAAGUUUAAAGUUGAAUUAAUCUUAUUAGGGAGAAAAAUUCAAUUGUAAAUUGAAUCAGUAUAAAAAAAGUUACUAGGUAACUUCAUAAUGCUCGAAAUACGGAACUCCCACUAUUCAACUAGAAUAGUGUUCUACAAAAAUAUUUAUAAAGCCUCUCCAGAUACUUCCUGCUAUGUAAUUUUAUAUGAAAAUAACUAUUUUUCAAUAAAGCAUUUAUAAAUUA